UUUUUAUUUUUUGGUAGUUGCUAAUGACAUAUAACUCCACUUAUCUCAACACAUCCCAUCCAUCUUUCUACAAGCAAAUUAAAUAUUAUAUCUAUGUGUUAAGACCAAUCUCAAAAACUCAAAAAUAAUAAGAACACCAAACAAAUUAUCAAAACUCUCUCUAUUGAAUUCAUGGCUACUGAUGCCAUUAAUUACUUGGACACCAUAUUAGUUCCUUUGAGUCUUUUCAUCACAAUUGGUUAUCAUCUCUAUCUUUGGCAUCACUUGAAGCAUAAGCCUUCUCACACAACUAUUGGUAUGAACAUGCUUAAGAGGAGAUCUUGGCUGCGUGAGCUCAAUCAAGGAAGUGAAAAGAAAGGGACAUUGGCUGUACAAAGUUUACGAAAUGCAUUAAUGGAGACAAUACUAACAGCAACAAUCACAAUUCUCAUAACAUUAGCAGUGGCUGCAUUAACAAACAACACAUUAAAAGUUAGCAACUUAUUUACUAGUGCUUUUUUUGGGUCACAAACAGGGAAAACAAUUGUAUUAAAAUAUGGAUCAGCAACAAUUUUCUUGGUGGCUAGUUUCUUGUGUAGCUCAAUGGCACUUGGCUUCUUAAUAGAUGCUAAUUUCUUGGUUAAUGCCUUGGGGGAAUUUUCUAUAAAUCCAACACAUACAGAGACCAUAUUUGAAAGAGGAUUUACAUUGGCUUUUGUUGGUGACAGAGUACUCUGUAUGACAUUUCCUCUUUUGUUUUGGAUGCUUGGUCCUGUUCCUGUGGUUGUCUCUUCAAUAGCAUUGGUUUGGGGUCUACGCGAACGCGAUUUUGCUGGAAAUUUAUCAACAACUAUGAAUAAGACUCGUGCUUUGCUUGAGGGGGAGUGUUGAAACAUGGAUUGAAGUAAUUAUGUAUGAAAAAAUUAAACUCGAGUUAGAAUAUGCUAAGUUAAAUAUUUGUGUGAAUUAUUGGGGUUAGGGUGGGGGGGUUAUGUAUCUUGUAUUUGAAGGGGAAAAGGACUUUGUUUAGUAGUGUAUGUUGAUCUCAUGAUAUAAUAUUAGUUUUGUUGAAAUAUAGUUUGAGAUAAUAAUAUAUUGUCGAUAUAUAUGAAAGUUAAA